AUGAUGUAUCCAAAGAUUUGUAACCUCAAGCCCGUUCAACUGCUCUCCCUCAUAUCGCUGGUGAGCACUUUAGUGCAAGAGAUGGAAGAAACAGCGACGGAAUUAGACGGGGUCAGCCCAGCCGAGAUUGUUUUUAGAGAGAAGCUUUUUGCAUCCGACUACUCUGAAAUAUUCCUUGUGACGGUUCGAGGACAACAAUGUGUCAUGAAAGUGCAUGCAGGACGAGGUCCAAGACGCUACUACGAGCCCACUGAUCGUGAGCUAGAUAUCCAUGUCCUUGAAUCAACAGCUUACCGUCGCCUGAAGGCCUGGGGCCUCUGCGACAAAGGGAUCAUUCCUCGAUUUCUAGGGACCAUGGACAAGUUUGAUCCAAGGGCAUGUCAACCUCAUCUGAACAUGUUCCUGGAAGACGAAUACCCACCCAGUGCCCUAUUCCUAGAGUACAUCCCCAAUCUUGAAAUGCUUCAUCUGCACAACUACACAGAGGCUCGCAUGGACAAUUUUAUUGAGGGGCUACGUGAAAUACACAAAGCGGGGGUUUUACACCAUGAUGUAAAGCCUCGGAAUAUGCUUAUCGUCAAGGAUGACCCCAACCCUGACCGGGUUGUUUGGAUUGAUUUUGACCGGGCACAGACUUAUGAUAUACACCUGAUGACGGAGAGGCAGAAGACGUUCAUUGCUGAGGAGCAAGAAAUAGUGGAAUCGUACAAAGUGCUUAUGGAAGAAGAUGUUCGAGUUGGCAAACUGGACCAAAUGUAUCUUGUCUACUGCACUUAA